AUGUCGGGCGUCGAAGUGAUGAGUGCAGCGGUAGACUCGCGCACCCUCGAACGACCACUACUCAGGUCCCACAAGACUCUCCCGCGGAGGAAUGGUGUCCCCAGCAUCGAGCUCGCCCAACCGGCCUCCGCGGAUCCGAAUGCUAUUGUCACUGCGGCGCCGGCCCCUCCCUUGACCCCUCCCGAUGCCGGCCAGAAUGAACUCGCCGGCGACGACCCGACGCCGCGCAAGAUGGCCUCUUCUUUCUCCGAUAAUCAGACCACGGGCAUGCUGACCCCUCGCCGCCCCUCCAAACCCCCUACUCCCGAUGUCACGCCGCCUCGAACGACUUUGGCAAAGCGUCCUGUUUUGAACCAGCUUAUACACCCUUCCUCGUCCUCGCGGGCCGACUCGUUUCAGACGGCGUAUGAGGGCUUCUCGUCGGACGGAGAUUUGGACACUCCCAUCCGUUCGUCUCAGAUGCCACGCACGACUAAUAAUCGAAGACAAACAUUCCAAUCGCACUCGCGCAAUACGUCUCGCUCGAAGCCUGCGAUAACAAAGGAAUCGCCGCUCUCCGCAUCUCUGCAACUGAGUGAGACAGAGUACGAUACGGGGUUUGAGUCCUUCGAUGGAGAGUGGGCCACAAAUCAUCUUGAGCAAUCUCCUACGCCUCUGGUAGGAAAGCGAAAGUCCGUGCAGAUGCCCAAUCGAUCAGGUCGCAAAGCGGAGCUGGAUGGGGAUGCGCUCAACGUGCAGCAUUUGGAUAACUCUUUGAUGCGCGAAAAGACCUUGCGCGACCGGGUUCAUGACUCGCAUGAGCUUAGUGCUACUCCGUCUAUAGAGCAGUUCCGCGACGAGAUCGGCUGGCCAUCGGGAGAUGGCCCUUUGCAGAACAAUCCCCACGAUCGCCCACUAUCGGGCAUUUCUUCGACCUCUACUGUCGAGGCUAUGAUUAUCGACUCCCCAAAACGGGCUCAGCGAAUGCUCCGGCACACCGAAAAGAAGACGUCUCUGCGUUCUGCCAGCUCUCCGAUCCCGACGUCGGACCGCACAUCGACUGGGUCCAACCCCGAAUUUCAACAUCGCCUGAUUCACAAGGCUCUUCGCAUCUCUGACCAAGAUCGCCAAAGCGUGUCCUCGGAUGUGUCGUUCUCUUCCAAAACCACGAGUGUGCCACAGUCCCACAUUGACAGCAUUCCCGUGGUGGUCAUCCCCGAACGGCGCUCCUCCUUGAGGUCAGGCCCCAACAGCUAUGCAUCUUCUAAACCUGGUUCGCAGCGUUCAAGUCGACAGCCCCCGACGGCACGAACAGGCCCGGUCGAGCGUCCUCGGCAGCAGAGAAAGCGAACCAUGUCGGAUUCGGUAUCUGCACGAUCCCAGCCAGAUGCGAGGAGCCGCCCCUUGACUCGACCCGUCGUCCCACCUCGAAGCUCCUCGCUCUCUGCGCCGACCAGUCGAAACAACUCUCGUGCCCCGUCCCUUACAUCGGAAAGCCUCCAUAGCCACAACUUGGCCAUUGAUCAUGAAAUGCAACAACACCAAAACCAGCAACCUGUGUCGCCCCCUCGCCAUAAUGUAUUGGGUCCAAAUGGAUAUGGCUUGCGGGAGUCCCCCAACGUGCAGGCGCUGAGUUCCGAUGAUAUGGCCACGCUUCGUCCCCCCUCGUUGCCUUAUACGCAGGCGUCGAUCCCUUCGUCUUCUCCCGGACCGAUAGAAAUCCAUGAAGCGACUGCUGUAAGCUUGUUCGCACACAACAACCGGUCUUUGCUUCUGGUUGAACAGCGAGUGCAGUCCGAAGCGAAUGCUCUCCAGGCACUUCGGAAAGAACUACGCGCGCGAGCCAACCCUCGAACUCCAGACAUGCCCGUUCGAGCUGCCACUAUCAGCGUGGACUCUCCAUUGAAAAACCCUCGUCCUCCCCCUCAGCCUCCUAUUCACAAGCCCCUACCGCCACUUCCCAAGGAGGAAAACACAACCCAAGGCUCAGAGGGCAAUGGGCUUCUGAGUCGUCGAUGGGACUCCGUUCGCCGCACCUGGAGCGCUCGGCCCCGCUCGGACUCGUUCAAUUCCAUGGCACGAUCUUUGUCUAUGAAAUCAGCGAAGAACCGCAAGGCCGGAAUUGAGAUGGACAGUCGGCUGCACCCGUUCUGGCGUCCGCGUGGAUUCUGGGAUGAUGUGCCGGGGUCGCCCCCGAAAAGAAAUCCGCCCGCACAAUCAGAUGCUCGCAACCCCAACGAAUCACUGGUGGUCAACAACUCACUGGGCAUGCCACAACAACGGAUUGUCUUUAAUGGCCCUCCUUCCCUGGCCCGUCGCAGUCCAGAGAUGAAGCGCUUGUUCGAUGCGAUGCCCUCGUCCGUACAUCACAAUGCCAGCUGCAGUAGUCUGGUUGACCGAGGCAUUCUCCGCACCGGUUCCCCGCUGUACCAGAAUCGCUACUGGGCUCUCUCGCGGUGGGGACUGCGGCUGCGGUCGAUGCCACUGCGCAAUGUGCGGAACCGUCUACGACGUUUCCGCCAAAGACGGGAUGAGAGAAAGCGAGCAGCUCGGCGGGCAACCCUCAAGCAGAGUAUUGGUGGGCCUGUCUACGUGGCCUCCAGCGCGACCAACGGAGUGGUCGCGAAAUGA